UCUCAUCCCUGUGUUGGGGAGGGGGAAAGCGUGCCGUCGUCCGCUGUCUCAGUAGGAGUAUAAAAGUCGGUGAUCUGAUGAUACUCUUCCCUUUUUCCAGACACAGAGCCAACAAACACACAAGAAUUAAGAUCCAUCAUGGUUCACAAAGUAGCCGUGAUCGGGGCAGGACCCUGUGGUCUGACCAGCAUAAAGGCUUGUCUGGACGAGGGCAUGGAGCCAACCUGCUUUGAAAGCAGUGAUGACAUGGGUGGACUGUGGAAAUUCAAGGAAGUGUCGGAACCAAACAGAGCUAGUAUCUAUCGUUCCCUUACUAUCAAUGUGUGGAAGGAGAUGAUGUGCUACAGUGACUUCCCAAUCCCUGCAGACUACCCCAACUACAUGCACCACUCUAAAAUCCUGAAAUACUUCAGGAUGUAUGCAGACCACUUUAAAGUCCUGCAACACAUUCGUUUCCAGACCAAAGUAAAGAGUGUGAGACAGAGACCUGACUUUUCUCGCAGUGGUCAGUGGGAUGUGGUGACUGAGACUAGAGACGGGCAGGAGGAGAGACACAUCUUUGAUGCCAUUAUCUGCUGCACUGGCCACUUCAACUAUCCCAAUAUGCCACUCAAAGACUUCCCAGGAAUUGAGACAUUUGAAGGAAAAUACUUCCAUAGCUGGGACUACAAGGGGCCUGAAGACAUGCAUGGGAAAAGAAUUGUGGUGAUCGGCAUUGGCAACUCAGGGGGUGACAUUGCUGCAGAGGGCAGCAGAGUUGCAGAGCAGGUGUAUCUGAGCACUCGCAGUGGUGCUUGGGUCAUUCGUCAGGUUUCUGACAACGGUCUUCCAGUGGAUCGGUUCAACACGCGCUUUGUCCACAUCAUGUUCAGGCUGUUGCCAUUGAGUGUACUCAACUGGUUUGGUGAAAAGAAACUCAACUCACUGUAUGAUCACACCAUGUAUGGCCUCAAACCCAAACACAGGCUCUUCAGCCAGAUCCCAGUGAUCAAUGAUGAUCUGCCCUUCCGGAUUUUGUCUGGGUCGGUCAUCGUCAAACCAAACAUAAAAGAGAUCAGUGGUUCCACUGUGGUGUUUGAUGAUGGCACUACUGCAGAAAAUGUGGACUUGAUUGUGUUCGCCACAGGAUACAACUACGAUUUCCCCUACUUGCCAAAAAGUGCCAUGUACAAGUCUGGGCAUCGUGUUGGCCUGUACAAGCAUGUCUUCCCUCCAAACCUGGAACAGCCUACCUUAGCUAUUGUGGGUUUUAUACAUUCUGAUGGAGCCAUCAUGCCUCAGGCUGAAAUGCAGGCCCGUUUUGUCACUCGUGUCUUCAAAGGACUUAAGAAACUGCCCUCAAACCAGGCCAUGAUCAAAGCUGUUGAGAGGGACACCAAGAAGAUUGCAAAAAACUACGUUGUGUCAAAGUUGACACCCCUGCAGGUGGACUUUGUUGAGUACAUGGACGACUUAGCAAAGGACAUCGGAGUGCGGCCAAAUCUCUUGUGGCUCUUCCUCACAGACUACCCACUGUUUAAGAAGGUUAUGUGGGGGCCUGUCACAGCCUACCAGUACCGGCUGAUGGGACCAGGGAAGUGGGAGGGGGCCCGCAGGGCAAUCUUCACCCAGUAUGACCGCAUGUACCAGCCUCUAAAAACCAGACAGCUUGAUGCACAGCGGGGUUCGACCACUGUCUUCCUGCUCAAGCUUAGCUUGACAUUCAUGGCUGGAGGAGCUGGGAUCUACUACAUCCACCAAAACCCAACCACCGUUUCCACCUUCCUGUCCAAACUGCGUCCACAAUCAUUGUGAACGAAUGAGAAGCCCAGUGGCUCAUCUUGCACCUUCUUUGAUACUUAGUGUUUCAAAAUAAUUUGAUAAUAACAGUGAAGCUAUUAACAGAGAAAACCAGUCAAUAAUUCCCACUGUUGCAUAGCAUUAAUAGCUUUACAAUAACACAACACUGAUAACAAUGACACCAGCUUGACUUGGAUUUUGACAAGCUGUGUGAAAUACCACCUUAAAAAGAUUUUUUGCUGUCAUAUACUGACUCAUUUAAGUACUGUAACCAUUUUGAGGGUAACAUGCCAUUAGGAUCAUAUGAUGACCUUCCAUUUCUUUCAUAUAGUAAAAGGUUAUACACUGUUUAAGAUACUACAAUAGUUUAUCACGUUUUCUGCCAACAGUAUAUUACAUGAUUACAUAUUUUAAAAGCUGCACUGAAUAAUUUAUAAAUAUACAGUAUGUGCGCUGAGUUGUUGGUCAGUCUAUUAUUAAUUUCUACUUUAUAUUUAUAAUGUGUCUUGAUCUUGUUUCCAAUGUGACUCCAGGGUAAGGGGUUUAGCAGUAUCAGCCUAUCUAUUUACUUGUUCUCAUAUCAAAUGAGAUAAAAAUAAAAGAUGCA